CGGCGGUGCCGUCAGAGUUACGCACGGAGGAAAGCAGCGCUCCUAUUGGAAAAUAUUUUCGGGGUUGCUGGUGCCCUCCCAUCCGCCUAACACCAUCCUGUCAGCCAGAGGUUACAGCAGCAGGGUCCAACGCUCGCAAAAAUGUGAUUUUGCACAAACACUAACAAUCAGUCAGCUGUGUCCGGUUAUCGACAACAUCUCGCGGCUGGUUCAGAGGAGAAACGCGUCCGCAGGAGGAGCUUCUGCACCGCGAAGGAUUCCUGUGGAGGUUGUUGGACGGGACAGCGGAGCAUCGACUGAGGUUCCCGGCGCAUUGCUCUACUCCCAUCCCAGAGAUGCUGCCCUGCCUGCGGAGAGUCCUGCGGCCCGUGCUCUCUCUGAGAGCCGGGACUGGCUUUACCACAGCCGGACUCAGCAACCACCAAACCUCCGCCAUAGCAUCCCGGUUCGCCUCACAGCCUCCACUCUCCAUGCUGGUGCAGAGGUGUAACCUCGGUACGCACCCUCUGAAGGAGCCCGUGGAGCCACUCAACUCGCCCAGGGGAGCCAAGGAGUUUAUUUAUAGCCUUCAUCCGUCUGAGCGCACCUGUCUCCUGCGUGAACUGCACAGGUUCGAGUCCAUAGCCAUAGCUCAAGGGCAGCUGGAAAUUGCACCACCCACUGCAGCACAGUUAAGAUAUGUUCUGCUGCACAAUGCUCUCCCUUUUGUUGGAUUUGGAUUCCUGGACAACUGCAUCAUGAUUGUCGCUGGCACGCAGAUUGAGUUAUCCAUCGGCGUGAUCCUCGGCAUUUCAACUAUGGCGGCUGCUGCCCUUGGCAACCUGGUGUCUGAUCUGGCAGGACUAGGGCUGGCAGGUUAUGUGGAGGCUCUGGCGUCUCGGCUGGGAAUGCAGAUUCCUGACUUGAGCCCAAAACAGGCUGACAUGUGGCAGACCAGAGUCAGCUCUCACUCGGGUAAAGCCAUCGGCGUUGGCAUCGGCUGUAUUCUCGGCAUGUUCCCUCUACUGUUCUUCACAGAUGACGAUGAGAAGAAAAAGGGCCAGACGGAGGCACAGGAGAAAACACAACCACCACCUUCUCCAACGGAGAGCAGCAAAAACUGAAACUGAUCGGAGACAAAUACUAUUUGGAAUCCAUUAGAAUACUUUAAAACUGGGGCUCAAUGGCUGUGUCUGGUGGACUGGAGUGUAUGGCAAUGUCUUUGAACCCCAUACAGUCUAAUCUCCGGGUACUUUGCUUUGCAAGGCCCAGUCAAUCUAUCAAAGGUAUUCUGAAGAGGAUUUUAGAUAUUAUUUGAUUCUAGACUUUGAACUUAAGCACAGGGACCUGAACUGUCUCUUGACAAGAGACGGUUGAUUUAUUGGACUGCUGCUCCUCCAACUGUUGCACCGUAACCUCACCAUGUUUUGACUGACCGACACGGGCUGAAACUCAUUUAUCUUAAACACACUGCAGUGACCUCUUUCUCUCCUCUGCUCCGAGUCUUUUGAAUAUAUAUACCUAUGUCUCUAGAUGGUUUGAUGACAAGUAAGGGUAGUUGACCGUUUGGGGACUCAUUCAAUUCAUUCAUUCAAUAUCACAACAAACUUUGAAAACAGUGAAACACAUUCAGAGCUCUUUAAGAAAAGAAAUCGUAAAAGUAUCUUACAUGGCAUUUUGACAGUGAAGCUUUCCUAAAAAUUGAGGCAGGACUAUGGCUUGAUUCUGCAGUGUUAGGAGCCAUGCGUUGAAGAACGUUCCUAAUGAGUUUCUGACGGUGAUGACUCAUGGAAAGAAGGUUACUUUUGCAUACAAAGAUUCCUCCUUCCACAGCAAGUACAUUAUACUUCAGUACAGUACUUCAAGCAUGUUUGGCUACUUGAUGAUGUCAAAGUCUCAAAGUCCCGCCAGUGUUAAAUAUUUAACAUGCUAGCUGCUCCAUUGGAUUUUUAAAAUGUUUUUUGUCGCUGAUUAACUUUAUAUGCUUUGUGAGAAUCACCCAAAGCAAUUAUACGCACAAAAUGUUUCCCUUGUAUACUGUGUGUAGCCAGGUAGGUGCAAUUCAAGAUUAUCUAACCAAACAAACAGUUUGCUACUUAACUAAGUAUCAGGAAGGAGAGAAAUACAAAGAGGCAGAGAUAUAAAAUACCACCUGAACCCCUAAAGUCUCGAUUGCACUGACCCUCUGGUUUCAAUACCAUAUGAUUAAUCUCCUCCAGCUCUGCAUCAAGCAAGCUGUGGCUGAACUUCAGGCGCACAGUGAGACAGCACCAGGCCCUGAGUCCAGUUUCUAUUAUGGAGCCAUUAAGAUCAGUAGAUAAUUUGAAUUGAUGUCACACUAAAAGAUUGAGAUGAACCCGUUUCCAUUCUGUGAAAAAAGCUUUUUAACACGAACGCACAACUCCAUUUUUUCCCAUUCCUCUAGAUCCAUUAUCCCUGCUCUACUGCCCUCCUCUGGCUGAACUUCAGAGGUGUCAGUUUUAGUCGUUUUUGUUGUCAGUUCAGUUCAGUUCAGUUUACACCUUAUAUUGUCACACACUUGUGGUUGUAAAUUAUCACCGAUUUGCUUUCCCUGCUUAGUAUUCAAACCCCUCAGUGUCUCGCUGCUAAGCUUCUCUGGCUAUAAUUUCUCACUUUAUGAAUUUGUUCUUAAUCAGUGUUCUUAUUUUUAAACCAAAACUAGGUCAUUUGCCAACCAAGGCAGAAAGAGCAUAUUUCCAAGUCUUAAGUAAGCCGUCACUUUAGCUUGUCACCCGCUUGGCACAUGUUACUCAGAACUGAAGACUGAUUAUUUAUGGUGUCAAGUCUGUUUCGAGCUUGAUGUUGAAGGAAGCAGCCAUGUGUCACCAAAUGAAAUUUCCUUGCAGGAAUAGUAUUUAUUUUUGUUUUAAUACUCAGUCUUGUAUUCAUGAUUUUCUCAUUGGAUAUUCUGUUUAUUUCAAAGGACAAUGUUAAGAAUAGAAGAUAUUUGUCAGCACAAGAAAACACUUUUGUGAGUAUAUUUUCAAAAAACAUUUGUCAACAAGGAAGGACUUUGCAACCAAUCACUGUAUGUUCCAGUCCAUAAUUAAACUUACUAAAGAUGCUCUGAAGACUUACACGGUAUAAGAUUGUUCCAGUUAUUUAUUAUGUUGGUAACAGUGAUCCUAAACAGUGGUAGAAUGAAGAAAAUGUACAAAGAAUAGAACAUAUUUAUGUGGUUAGGAUUUUUGAUCUGAUUGCUUGAUUUCCACCUUGCAUGAACUGCUAAUAAAAAAACCCUAUUGUA